AUGUCUGGUGUGGAUGUCCCUCGUGCUUCUCACGCCUCACCGGAGUUGACCGUGGGCCAGUCCCGCAAGUCACUGUCCCCAAAGACCAACGUCAACUCGCAGGCUGACUGUGACACCACCACUACUAUUCCCCCGGUCAUGCCGGAUCAUGAUGGCCAUCGGUCGAGUGAAGCCCUCGCCGCGACGGCUCCGAAUCUACCGCUGACGCCGCCUCGCGCUGGUCGCGAGAAAACACCACCUCAUCCUGCAUCAGGAAUGCACAGCGCCCCAUCAUCCCAUUCGAUCCACUACAAUCUCAAUGGAGCCGGGACGCCUACAAAACCGUCGCAUCCGCCCACCCCGGAGACCACCCCCCCACGAACGACCCCCUCAACCGACCGCCCGAGUCUCAGUCAGUUCGGGCGCGUUUCAUUCUCGUCGCGAGCCGAGUCCUUCCAGACAGCACGGGAGAUGAUCUCCGACAGUGAAACCAUCACCCCCUAUCGAUCCAGCCAGUCCCUCCGUCGUCAACGGAGACAUCAACCACGGACACGCAGGUCGUCUCGAAGCAACAGCCCCGCCGGCUCCAGCAAUCCCAGCCUCAGCGACGAUGCAUCCACUCUGACCCCGUCCAGCGAGACCGUGAGAUUCCUCAAGCCCGACCGAUACGAGGGGAACAAUGGCAUGCUAUGCGACCGGGAAAGUGCGUCAGCCAGGCCAGAAAGAUCUCGCGGACGGUCUUUGUCGAAAGACGACGGAGAGGAAGUGCACCCCGUCCGGGGCAGGCGGUUGCGGGAGCAAGUCCAGGAUGCUCAGGAGGACCUGGCGAGCCAGUCUUCGCUUGAGUAUUUUGGCAUCACCAUCGGUUGGCCCUCCGCCGAGGAGGAAUCCCAGAGAUUGUCGGGCGUGUCGACCUCGUCGACCAUCGAAGUGAUCAUCAUCGAAGCUCCGCGACCGGCCAAUCCAGCUCUACGGCACACCGAAAAGAGAUCCUCGUUACGCUCCGCAAGCUCACCUCUGGCCAGGUCCGAACGCACGUCGCUGGAAACCAAUCCGGAGUUUCAGCACCGGCUCGUCCACAAAGCCGCCCGCAUCACGGAGCAAAACCGCAAGAGUAUGGCAUCAGACAUGUCAAUUCCAUCAAGCUCAACCGAGGGAACCAAACAACAGUCUUUGGAGAUUAUCCCGGUAGUUGUCAUUCCAGAACGGCGCUCCUCUCUUCGCUCUUCUCCGUCGGUCACCAGAAACCCAUCGAAGCCUGGGUCCCGCCGGUCGAGCCGGCAACGAAGCUCAUCUCGACAAAAGAGCAGACCCCCGUCUCGCGAUCUGCCUCGUCGGAAGAAGCGGACCUUGUCGGACUCGAUCGCGACUUCUUCCUCUCAAGCGUCUGACGCGAGGGGUCACAUCUUUGGUCGACCCGUGAUUCCACCACGCAGCUCAUCGUUAUCGGCCCCUACCAGCCGAGACAACUCACGGGCGACGUCGCUUACCUCCGUGGCGCUUCCGAACCAUCCACCGACUGACCCUCCGGAGAUGGCGCAACGACUUGCCGGACAGCUCAAUGCGAAACCUUCCGUCCACCAUCGCGGCCCGAGCUCUGGCAGCCGGGACGCCGCUGACGCUUCGAAGACGCAGUCCAUUUGGAUCGGUGUGGAGGACUUGGCAGGUCUACGUCCGCCGUCUCUCCCGUUUACCCCUGCGUCGAUUCCAUCGUCGUCUCCCGGGAUUGUCGAGGUCAACGAGGCGAGGACGGUUGCGUUUUUCCCGCACACGAACGAGUCGUUGCUACUGGUCAACCAGCCCACGCGCCCUCCACCGCCACCCCCAGUGUCCGAGAAUCGUGAACUGUCCAGACCCCCACAAACCCCAGAGGUUGUGUCGCAGCAGGAUCCGAACCAGGUUGCUUCCCCGUUGCGAAAUCCCCGUCCCCCACCGAAACCACCGGUGCAUAACGCCAAUGCGGGCAGCCCGACGCACGAAGCCGGCUCUCAGCCGGGAGUAGCGGGUGAUCACCUGGGGAGUACUGGGCAACCUUCCCGGCGCUUCGGCUCCCUCCGUCGGCCAUGGGGGGUCCGUCCGCGAUCGGACUCGUUCGACCGAUUCGUGCGGUCUCUAUCCAUCACGUCCGCGAAGCACCGCGCCGCCGACAAAGAUAUCGACAGCCGACUGCACCCCUUCUGGCGACCGCGUCGCUUCUGGGACGACUCGCCGGAUUCCGAAGAAUUCGCCGAGCAGGAAAAAGCACCGCAUCCAGAGCCCGAGCAGAUCAUCAACAACUCGCUGGGCAUGCCGCAGCCCCGGGUCGUCUUCGACGGGCCGUCCGCUCUCGCACCGCGCAGCCCCGAGAUGAAGCGCCCGCGACCCGGCUUCACCCUCGGCCCCCAUUCCCGGAGCCGACACUCCCUCGUCGGCAGCGCCCUGUUCAGCCCCGAAGCGCUGCGCUCCCAGACCUCGCUUCACCAGCGCCGCAUCCUCUCCGCGUCGUGGUGGAGGCUACGGCUGCGCUCGCGCGCACGCCCCGUGCGGAGCCUCCGCCGGCGCCUGAGACGUACGCUCCAGGAGCGCGAGGAGGCGCGGCGCGAGGCACAGCGGGAGAAGCUGAAGGCGAAGAUCGGGGAUGCGGUGCUGGUGGGUUGCAGCAUGCAGGCGCGAGAACUUGCGCGGCAGCCUUGA